AUGAAGUCUGCAACUUUUGAAAUUCUUCCAAACAGUAAUGAGAAAAGAGAAAUGUGUGAUACUGCAAAAGCAUGGAGAUUAGUGUUAUUUUUAUCGUGGGUAAUAGGUAUUUCUUGCCUUUUCGCUGUCUUCGUUCUCGAUUCUCCAAACCCCUUUAGUCAGUUCAGCUCUAAGCAGAAGCUCCCUUUCGUUAAUAACAAUGUUGCUCCUCAGAAUGCUCUCAAUCAAACUCCUGCCAUGAAUAUCAACCCCAAAAAGGAGGAUGAUGGUGUGAAGUACUGUGACUUGUUUAAGGGUCAAUGGGUACCAGAACAUAAUGGAUCAUUGUACACAGAAUGGAGCUGUCCGACGAUACCGGAUACGAAGAACUGUGGAAAAUUUGGAAGGAAAGAUGUAGAUUUUGUAAAUUGGAGAUGGAAACCAGAUGAAUGUGAGCUCCCAAGAUUUAAUCCAAAGACAUUUUUAUCUUUAGUUCGUGGUAAAAAGUUAGCGUUUAUUGGCGAUUCCCUUGCUAGGAAUCAAAUGGAGUCACUCCUUUGUCUCCUAUCUCAAGGAGAAACUCCGAAAGAUAUCUAUAAGGACUCGGAAGACCGGUUCCGAACGUUUUACUUUCCAUCUCAUGAUUUCACUCUCAUGGUCUACUGGACAAAGUUCUUGGUUGCUGCAGAAGAUAAAGGAAUUGUGAAUGGUUCAAGGACAAAUGUGUUCGAUUUGCACCUCGAUAAGCUUGAUGUUAACUGGGCUGAUAAAUUGCCCACUCUAGAUUACGCUAUCAUUUCUAUUGCUCACUGGUUCUUCCGAAUGAAUAAUUUAUAUGAAGGCGGUAGACUGAUAGGAUGUACCGAGUGCAACAACCCAAACAUCCCUGAUCUAGGAACUCAAUUCACUAUUGCAAAAGCCAUCAGAACUGCGCUUGGAUACGUUAGUGAAUGCAAGGAGUGUAACAGGGGCUUAGUUACUGUAUUUCGUACAUUUUCUCCUGUGCAUUUUGAGUAUGGGUCUUGGAAUAGUGGAGGGAAAUGUAAUCGAACGCGUCCAUACACUGAAGAACAGGGUAAUUCAUAUAAUGCAGAUUGGGAGCGGGAAAUAAACAAACGUCAAGUGAGCGAAUUUGAGAAAAUUAAGAACACAACAAAAGGGAAGAUGUUUGAGAUUUUGGAUAUAACUAGUGCGAUGAUAAUGAGACCAGAUGGACAUCCUGGGCAUCACUGGAAAGAUCAAUAUUCCAAUGGCAAGUCUUUCACCGAUUGUGUUCAUUGGUGCUUGCCGGGACCUAUUGACUUAUGGAAUGAUUUGCUGAUGGCUGUGUUGCAAAGAAGGAAGGGUUCAUCCGUUUUAAGUGUGCCUGAGUUGAAGUAUGAAGUGAAUGGUGUUGAUACCAAAUCAGUUGCCGGUGCAGGACAAGGCAGACAAGUUGAGUUGAGUAUAGUAGGGAGAUUGCAAGUGAAAGAAGAUGGUCAGGAGUUAUGUUUGAAUCGUUUUGUGGGAUGGUGUUGCAAUGGAAGUCCAGUGGCAGUGGGAGUUGGUACUAGAGAUGGUGUUGUUUAUGUAUCUGUGAUUGCAGCUGUUGGGAGUGAAAUUGCAGUUGAACUGUUAGUGCAGAAAGGUUUGGAGUGGCCUGUGUGGAGAGAAGUUGAUAUACUGUGUUGUUUUGAGGCUAAAAGGAUAUGGUAG